AUGGUCACACUUGUCCUCAAGAAAGAACCAUCGUCCCCGCGCAGCGGUGACGCCGAUACAAAACAAGACACGAAGCUCAGAAAUGCCAUUCCACCGAUUAUCAGUAACACUCUUCUAUCUUGCUACAGACAAUCAAGGCGUGCACUGGCAUGGUCCUAUAGAAUGAGCCACAACCUGAUAGCAGCCAUAAUUCCAGAAGUGUGCAAGGCCAUUUACUCUGUGCUGAAGGACUCGUAUCUCAAGCUUCCAACAACAUCAGAGGAAUGGCAAGAUGUAGCUUCUGGAUUCCAUAACUUAUGGAAUUUUCCCUUGUGUCUAGGAGCCAUGGAUGGCAAACGGGUACUCGUAAGGAAACCUGCAAAUUCUGGCUCAGAGUACUAUGACUACAAGACGAACCACAGCAUCAUAAUGCUAGCCUUAGUGGAUGCCAAUUACAAGUUUUUAUAUGUAGAUGUUGGAGCAAAGGGCCGUGCAAGUGAUGCUGGUGUAUGGGAUAAAUGUACACUCCGUGAAUGCAUAGAGAGACAGCAGUUGCAAAUCCCUCCAUCUGAAGAUUUGCCCUUCACAAAUACAAAGGCUCCAUAUGUUAUAGUAAGUGAUGAUGCCUUUCCACUCAAGACCUAUUUAAUGAAGCCAUAUCCUGGAAGAAACAUCACCAAAGAACAAACAAUUUUUAAUUACAGAUUGUCACGAGCCAGAAGAGUCUCUGAAAAUGCAUUUGGCAUUCUUGCCUCAAAGUUUAGAGUACUUAUGCAGCCAAUUGCAUCUAAACCAGAUAAUAUAAAAGACAUCAUUAUGGCAACAGUUGUGCUUCACAAUUUCUUGCGUGUGAAAAGUGGAAAGCCUGUUAGACCUGAAAUGCUUGUGAGGGAAGACACAGAAAAUGGUGUCCUCAUUCAGGGCGAAUGGCAUGGGUUGCCAAAUAUGAUGGAAAACCUUCAAGCAAUUGCAAGAGGCCACUCAAAUGAUGCUAAAAUUGUAAGGGAUACUUUCCGAGAAUUUUUCCUUACCAGAGGUGCUGUACCUUGGCAAGAGAGAAUGGCACAUCUUCAUUAA